UUACGCCAGCCGGGGUGACGCUCGCAAAAAUGUGAUUUUGUACAAAUCCUGCUGACAGUUCGGUGUUCGAGGUUGCGUGCGGCUCUUCGGGAAAUCUCACGGCCGGUAAAUAAGACGCGCUUGCGCCGGAACAGCUGCUGUAUCGUCUCGGUUUGUUGUGGAGGUUGUUGGACGGGACAGCGGAGCAUCGACUGAGGUUCCCGGCGCAUUGCUCUACCCCCAUCCCAGAGAUGCUGCCCUGCCUGCGGAGAGUCCUGCGGCCCGCCCUCUCUCUGAGAGCCGGGACCGGGUUGGCCACAGCCGGACUCGGCAACCACCAGAUAGCAUCCCCGACACGGUGCGUCCCCCUCUCCGUGCUCUUGCAGCGGUGUAACCUGGGCACACACCCGCUGAAGGAGCCCGUGGAGCCCCUCAACUCGCCCCGAGGCGCCAAGGAGUUUAUUUAUAGCCUUCAUCCGACUGAGCGCACCUGUCUGCUGCGAGAGCUGCACAGGUUCGAGUCCAUAGCCAUCGCUCAAGGGCAGCUGGAAAUUGCACCACCUACUGCAGCACAGUUGAGAUAUGUUCUGCUGCACAAUGCGCUCCCUUUCGUUGGAUUUGGAUUCCUGGACAACUGCAUCAUGAUUGUUGCUGGCACGCAGAUUGAGUUAUCCAUCGGCGUGAUCCUCGGCAUUUCAACCAUGGCCGCUGCUGCCCUUGGUAACCUGGUGUCUGAUCUGGCAGGACUAGGGCUGGCAGGAUACGUGGAGGCCUUGGCGUCCCGGCUGGGAAUGCAGAUUCCUGACUUGAGCCCAAAACAGGCUGACAUGUGGCAGACCAGAGUCAGCUCUCACUCGGGUAAAGCCAUCGGUGUUGGCAUCGGCUGUAUCCUCGGCAUGUUUCCUCUGCUGUUCUUCAAGGACGACGACGAGAAGAAAGAAGGCCAGACGGAGGCGAAGGAGAAAACACAAUCGCCACCUGCUCCACCAGAGAGCAGCAAAAACUGAGACUGUCAACUCGCCGGAGACAAAUACUAUUUGGAAUCCAUUAGAAUACUUUAAACUGGCGCUGAUUGGCCGUGUCUGGUGGACUCGAGUGUAUGGCAAUGUCAUUGAACCCCAUACAGUCUAAUCACCGGAUACUUAACUUUGCAAGACCCAGUCAACCUAUCAAAGGUAUUCUGAAGAGGAUUUUAAAUAUUAUUUGAUUGCAGACUUUGAACUAAAGCACAGGGACCCGAGCCGUCUCUUGACAAGAGACGGUUGAUUCACUGGACUGCUGCUACUCCAACUGUUGCACCGUAACCUCACCAUGUUUUGACUGACCGACACGGGCUGAAACCCAUUUAUCUAAAACACGCUGCAGUGACCUCUUUAUCUCCUCUGCUCUGAGUCUGUUGAAUAUAUAAACCUCUGAUUCUAGGCAAGUGAAAGUAAUUCACCGUUUGAGGGCUCACUAAAGUAUCACGACAAAUUUCUGAACCAAUGCAAGAAAAAAAAGCACUUUCAGAGCUCAUUCAUAAAAAAAAAUCUGCAAAAUAUCUUACAAGACUUUUUGACAUUGAGGGUUUUCCAGCAUGCAUUGAUAAACAUUGUGUUUCCUAAUCAGUUUUUGAGGGUGAUGAGUCAAGGAAAGAGGGUCACUUGUGCAUAUAAAGGUGCACCCUUCCACAACGAGUACAUUAUUCUUCAGUUUUGCAAGCAUGUCUGCUUUUUCAUGACAGAAAAGUCCUGAAAUGUCCUGCCGGCCUUGCCUCAUUCACACCAUCACAGCCAGCGUGAGAAUACAGCUGGUUUACCUGCUAGCUGCUUCUUCAAAUUUUCAUGUUCUCUCUUGCUGAUGAGCUUCAUAUGAUAUGCUUGUAUGCUUUGUGAUAAUCACCCAAAGCAGUGACAUGCACAAAACAUCUCCCGUGUAUCCUGUAUGUAACCAGGAAGGAGCAGUUCAACACAAUCUAACCUCUUAAAGAACAGUUUACUUUGCUCAGUAGAGCAGAGCGGGAAGGAGAGACAUACAGAAAGACAGAGGGAGGCAGAGACAGAGAGUAGCUAUGAAACACUGAACCACCUGAGACCUCUGUCCCAUUUGCACGGACCCUCAGGCUCCAAUACCAUACGAUUAAUCUCCAGUUCAGCCAAGCUGCAGCUCAACUACAACCCACGUCUUUCAUGCACCCGACUUCUAGUCCAGUUCCUCUGGCCCGGCAGAUAGUUUCAAUUUGCUGUCACACUAGAUGAUUGUUGGCCUGUAUCCAUUCUGUGAAAACACUGUUAAUGCUUUUUAACACUAACGCACAACUCCAUUCCUUUCCUAAACCCAUCGAUAUAUCAUAUUGUCUCUGCUCUACUGCCCUCCGCUGGCUGACAUUCAGAGAAAGUUGUCAGUUUCUUUCAGUUUAGAUCAGUUUACACCUCAUACUGUCACACACUUGUGGUUAUAAAUGAUCGCCUAUUUACCUCCUGUGUUUAGUAUUCAAACCCCUCAAUAGCUGCUAAGCUUCUCUGGCUAUAAUUUAUCACUUUAUGAUUAUUGUUAGUAAUCAGUGCUCUUAUUUUCAAAUGCAAACUAGGUCAUCUGCAGUAGAGGACACAAGUCUUAAUUCAGCUGUUACUGAUUUCUUAUUUUAUGUUUUGAAGAGUUCUGCGUGUCACCUGCAUGGCACAGGUUGAUCAUCUCAUCAGGAGAACUGAAGACUGUUUGUUUAUGGCGUCGAAUCUGUUCAGAAGUUGAAAUGAAGGGAAGCAGCCACGGGUCACUGAAUGGAUUUUCCUUCUAGAAAAUGUAUUUAUUUUUGUUACACUAUUCAGACUUGUAUUUGUGUGCGUUCUCAUUCUAUAUUCUCUUUAUCUCGAAGGACAAUGUUAAGAAUAGAAGAUAUUUGUCAGCGCACAAACACCUGUGGGAGUGUUUUCAACAGCAUUCGUCAGCAGGAAGGACCUCCAACCAACCGCCCUAUGUUGCAACUAAACUUACUAAAGACACUCUGAAUACUUAUCCUGUAUAAGAUUGUUCUAGAUAUUUAUUAUGUGGGUAACAGUGAUCAUAGUAAGUGAGUAAGAAUGAAGAAGAUGUAUGAAGAGUUGAACAUAUUUAUGUAGUUAGGAUUUUUGAUCUGAUUGCUUGAUUUCCACCUUGCAUGCACCGCUAAUAAUCAAAACCCUAUUGUACACGAUUACUUUGUAAAGAAUAAUCUAAAUAAAAAUUAAGUAUGUUCUGAAUUAUGCAUUGCAGGAGGAUCUGAGUCAGUGGAGGUGAUAAAACACGGGUAACAAGGCUGGAUUAACAUGGAAAAGAUCAGAUUUUGACUAUUGUGAUGAAAAAAAAAUCUAUUUUAUGGCUGUUUAAACCAUUAGAAAGCAUAGGAACUCUUGUGUUUCCCUUUUCAGACAGCCAGUCAUGAACACAGAUAGUUCCAAAUAGGACUGAGUGUUUUUGUGCAGUCUUGCAGAGGUUUUGCAGAUUGGUAGCAGAGCCCUCUGCUGGGAUGUGAACUAGUAAAAGCAGUGUAGACGUUUGAGAGACCGUGUUAUUAGCAAACAGUGAUGAUAGUAAUAGUUUCCAAUUGCUCCUUGCUUUGGAUCAUUCAAUUAUCCACCUGAGUGCUUUAAGACUGUGUUUAGUGCAUAGUCAGUCAUGGUCAGAAAAUAUAAUGUGUCAAAACACUGUAAUUGUUAUCUUUUUUCCUAGAUUUAGUGUUGCGGCACUAAACUUAUCUGCAUUGUUGACAGGAAAGCAAAACAGCUGCAGUGCAAGAAAGCUCAGAAUGAUUCAACCUUAUCUUUAAUCAGUAUCAUUUUAACUUUGGAAAACAGGUACAGUGUUAAAUCACAGAUGAAUGAAAAAGCACAUUAAAUUAGUCCUAACUGGUUUCCUCCUUGAUGUGUGAAAUACUGUAUAUUUCAGGUUUUGGGUGCAUACUGAAGGACCUUAUUUUAUUUUAUGUCUGCUGGACUUUCCUUUGCUGUCAGCUGGCUGCCUAUGUCUGCUGAUACAAAUACAUGUGAUGAUGUUUUUUAAAUUUCUUUUCAUUUUCAGUGUUUGUAUGGACCUGUUUUAGUUUCAGAGGAUUUGGAAAGCUUUACUACUGGGAGAUCUGGACAUGCAGGAGUCAUUGAGCAGAUGUAUUUCAGUCCACGAGAUGUAGACAUUACUGUCCCACAGUUUAUAGAACAUGCUCCAGAACCUGCAGGCCAUCUUAUUUUCCACAGUCUGUAACUGAAAAUUACCAAAAAACUGUCAGUGUUGGUGUUGGAUGCUAAAAUCUUCUAAAAUGACAAGGAGAAUUGUUUUUAGCCAUGUUCGUGCCAGCGCUCUUGGGUUAGCAAUGCAGCGUUCAGUCGAUCCACCACUUUGGUCCAGACUGAAGUAUCCCUAUGAAAUGGACUGGCAUGAAAAGACAUUUGUGGUCCCCAGUGAAUGAAGGUAACUGACUUAUUUCCUCCAGUGACUUUCUUCUAGUGUGGUGCGAGCUGAAUCUCUAUUGGUCAAAAUUACCAGAACAAUGACCAGCUGUUGUUGCAUCAAUAACAAAGACAUAAGGCCUCGGUUUUAAUGUAGCCUUCAUGGGAUUUGAGUUACCCUCUGGGCUAUGACUGGUCUCAUAACCCGAAAGUGGAACAGUUUAUCAGUAAUCCUUUAAACUCAACACAGACUCCAAAGUUAAAACACAUAAUUUGAUAAAUUCGACAUGAAUUUUCCACAACUGCGACACAUCCACAUACAUUUGGUCUGUUCUCUGCUGCACAGUACAAUAAUUUCUCUCCCUUGAGCAAUGAGGGUAAAUCAGUUUAAAAGCAAUGAGAUACAAUCUGCAAAGUGUGGGUUAAAAACCUGAUCUCUUCCUGUGUUCUUGUGUCUUUGCAGCACUUUUAACUCCAGUUUGUGUGGCAGAAUGGGUGACUUUAUUUCCUGACAUAGUUCAUGGUGCUAAAAAAAAACCUCAUUGCUUGCUGUCAGUGCCAUGUUGAUGCUUUAUAAUUCAUCCAAAGACAACACUCAGUCUGUGCUCUGUACAUAUGUAAAAAGAAGAGAGAAAUUAAAAUUUACUUAGGCUGAAUAUAAUAUAGAGAAAAUAUGGUGUGGAGAACAGGAGUCUGUUUCUGUGUGAUUAUUCCUUACCAGCUUUGUUUAAACUGUUAUCACCUGGCUGUAAACAUCUGGGCUGGUGUGGACUUUCCCAGUCAAUCCUGCAUGGCCAACACACGUUUCAGUUUAUGGCAAAUGUUUUAAAAUCUGGUUUAAAGUGUUUGUUUAUCUGUUCAUGUGUAAGGUUGAAAGUCAUAACGGUUGAUCACUCAAAUAAAUGCU